CAAAGUGCAAUAUCAUUAAUUAUUUUGUAUAGAUGAAUUUCAAUGUUUACAUUUCCGUCACAUGCGCACUAGGUGUCAGGAAUUUAAAAACCGAUUUGCAAACAUUGAGAACGGUUAUUAAACAAACAUUGAUAUAAAUAAUCUGCUUGCUAACUUAAUUAGAUUAAAGUUUUUUUUAAAUUCUUAAAAUAUAAUGCCUGACAGUUGUUGUGCUAUAGGGUGUAUGAAUAAAAGGAUAAAAGGCGAUAAAAACUUGAGUUUUUACCGCAUUCCUUUUGGAAAUACAGAAACAUCAAAAAACAGAAGAGUUUUAUGGUUGCAAGCCUUAAAACGUUAAAACUGGCCAUUAAGUAUGAUUGAUAACGCAAGAUUAUGUAGUAAACAUUUUAUUUCAGCAAAAAAUCAGACAAUCCUAAUAGUCCUGACUAUGUUCCAUCUGUUUUUUUAUACAGACAGCAAUCUUUUUCAAAAAAACAUCAAAGUAUUGAAAGAUUUGAAAGAAGUUGUAAAAGAACAAAAAAAAAAUACUGAAGAUAAUUUAUCUCAAACAAGAGCUGAAAAUGAACAGAUGUCAGUUAAUAUGGAUGCAGUAACAUCAGUCGACCCUUUCAAAUUAAAUCAAGAAUCUCAGACUGAUGAUGUUAAUUUUGUUGCUGAGCUACAUUCUAAAGUCAAAACUUUGAGUAAAAAUAAUGUUGAAUUAAAGGUUGUGAUAAACAAAGCUAUAACAUCAUCUGUUUCUCAAUAUAUUUCGUUUGAAAAACAAAAAGAUGAUAAUUCACUUUUAUCUUUUUAUACUGGUUUGCCAAAUGCAAAUUUAUUUUUGUGGUAUUUAUCAUUGUUUAAUGAUUGUGUAAAACCAAUGAAAAAUAUACCAAUGGAAGACCAUUUAUUGCUAAUAUUAAUGAAAAUCAAACUUGGAUUUUUAAAUAAAGACUUAAGCUUUAGAUUUGGUUUUUUUGAGCCAACAGUCACUAGAAUAUAUAGAUCUUGGCUUCCAAUUAUUGCUGAAAAUGUUAAGUUUUUAAUUGUUUGGUCAGAAAAGCAUGUUUUGCGAAGAAAUUUGCCAACAAGUUUUCGCAAAAAGUUCUAUAAUUGUCUCAAGUACUCUCGAGUCCUUAAUACAAGGGGAAGGGGGUGGUUAGUCAAGAUCUAAUAAAAGUAGGGGGUGAGAAUUUAUACUAAAAGUUUCAUUAUUUAUUAGUUACUAGUAUAUAUUUUGUAAAUUUUAAGGCCAAUUUUCACUGAAUUAUUUUUUUUAGUUUCGAUAGUUUUAGAAAUUUUUUGUUGAUAACAAGUGAAAAUUAAUAAACAGAGUGGUCUUAAUAAGCUUAAGGUAGGUGGGAAAGUUUUCAAAAAUUUAAUAAAAAUCCCCCCUACCCUUCUAAUGAAGACUCGAGAGUAGUAAAUUUUAUAUUACUAAAUAAUAAGAAUUGUUAACAGUUUAUUGAUUUUUUAUUUCUGAAAAAAGUGCCAAAAUGUCGUUGACAAAGUAAGAUAUUUAAUAAAUAUAAUAUAUCCUUUA